AUGAAUUCUCAAGUUAAUAAUCAAACUGAGAAUCAAGAUACUCAAAUCUUUCAAGAAGAUCAAUUCAGAAAAGUAUGUUUUAAUCCAACUUCAAAUGGAACCUCUACAAACCCAUCAUCUUCAAAUCCAACUAAUGAUCAAUCUAAUGCCACUUCCUCUUCAUCAUCUAAUGUAUCUUCUACCAGUAGAAGACCUUCUUCCGCUCAUCAUUUAGUGGUUUCAAAUGAUAAUUCCGCCUCCAUUACUAAUACUUCAACUUCAACCACCACUUCCGACACUAAUCAAUCAUUACAACAAAAAGUAUUAGCUCAUCAAAUUCAUUUACAUCAUAUAAACUUACAUAUGCAACAACAACAAGAAUCAGUUGCUUCUCCAACCUCAACUGUUACUGGUUCAUCAUCUACCAACCCUAAUAAUACCACUCCAUCGUCAAAUAAACGCAACUCUUCAUCAACUGCAUCUUCUUCUAUAAAUUCUCCAGCUUUUACUCAUGAUUCCACCAAGAGAGUUCGUUUAGACCCCACCAUUAUUAAUCAACCUGAUUCUCUUAUGAAUAAAUCUUCCAGUUCAUCUUCGAACCAAAUUAUUCCUGAAACUUCUAGUACUACUACUUCUACCACUACUACAACAACAACCACAACUACUACUCUUAAAUCAAAAAGUCCAAAAUUCAUCAGAAGAUUUAGAUCAAGAUCUUUACCUAUCAUUAAUUAUCAUACUCAAAGACAUCAUCAUCAUCAUCAUCAAAAUAAUCAAACAAAAUUAUUACCUCAAGCUAAUUUAAUUAAUCCACCUCAAGCACCACCUGCUCCACCUGCUGCAUCUUCAUCAAACUCAAGUAAUAUUCCACCAUUACCACCUAUAAAUCUUCAAUCAUUAAAAGAAAUUGAUCUUCAUGAAAUUUUAAAGAAUCCUCAAUUAAGACAUGAUAUACUUUUUGAUCCUCAAUUACAAUUUAGACCUAAUUUAGAUGGUGAAAGAGGAAAAAGAAAGAAGUCAAUCAUUGAAAAAUAUUGGUUAGAAAUCAAAUUUGAAUGUUUACAAUUUUUUCAACAAGCUCAAUCAACUAAUAAAUCCAAAAGUAUUAAAAUUAAUAGAUUACCAAUUUUAUUUGCCACUUUAAGAGAUAUUUUAUUGAGUCUUUUACCUUCAAAAGAUCGUCAACAAGUUAAUGAAAUUAUGGAUAUUGAUUUAUUAAUUCAACAAUUGAAUCAUGGAUCAUUUGAUUUUGUGGAAAUGUCAAGAUGGUUAGGUGAAGUAUUUAAAAGUCAUUGUGCUCCAAUGAGAGAUCAAUGGGUUAUUGAAAUGUAUCUGAAAUUUAAAGAUGCAUAUAGAUUAAAUUCAGUGGAUUAUUUAGUUAAUGGAUUAAGAAUGAUAUUUCAAAUUUUAGAAGCUAUGAAAUUAGAUGUGGCCAAUCAUCAAAUUCGAAUUUUAAGACCAGUUUUAAUUGAAACUGCUGUUGAUUUUGAAAGAGAUUAUUUUCAAACUUUAAUAAAUCAUCAUAAAAUUAAUAUUAAUGAUUCAUUAAAUUGGUUUUAUAAAAAAGUUUAUAAAAAAUUUGAAUCAACUAAAGAAUCUUCAAAUUCAAUGAUUAAAUUUCCUGAAGUUAUUGAUGAUGCAUUAUUAAAACCAAUUAUAAUUUCAUCUAUUAUUGAUUUAUUAAGUUGUCGUCAAAUGGCUACUGAAUUUCCAUCUACUUUAGCUUUUGAUCAUACUCGUUUAGUACUUUUACGUGCUGAUGUUCGUCAAUUGGUUUGUGUUCAAUUAUGUAUGGUACUUUAUAAACAAUUAAUCAUUAUGUCAACCAAAUCCAAUCCAAUGUUAACUAAAACAUUAUUAUCCAAUUCCAAUAUUUUAAAAGUUCAACAAGAAAUUUUAGCUAUUGUUACUGAUGAUAAUGGUAAUAUUAAAUGGACUAAGAAUGUUAAUGCUAUAAGUUUACAAUUAGUUCGUAAUUUACAAGAUCCAAAUUCCAAUGUUGAAAUUGAUUUUAAAAAUUUAUCAUCAAAUUUAAUUGAAUUUAGUUAUAAUUGGUUAAUAAAACAUAUUCAACCAAAAUCUGAAGUUUAUGGAUUAAUGGAAAUUAAAGUAUUUAAAUCAUUAUUAUCAGAAAUUAUCAUUAUUAUUAAUAAUACUUCGACUACUACUACUAGUAAUAAAGAUGAAAAUGAUUUAUUACUUCAACAAUCAAUGAACAAUAUGCAAUCCACCUUUGCCACUAAUGUUAAUUCCACCACUGUCACCACUACUACUGCUACUACUACUACCACACCAGCCAAUGCUACUUCUACUACUGAAUUAAAGAAUAUUGCUUUAAGAAUUUCAACUUUAGUUAAAUUCCAUUGGAGUGUAUUUGGAAAUUAUUAUAUUGAUCAUAUUAAAUCUCAAAUUGAUAAAUUAGCUCAAGAAGAGAAGGAAUAUUUACUUAAGAAGAAACAACAAAUUUCAAGUAAUAAUAAUAAUAAAGAAAAUGAUGAAUCAUCAACUGAUGUUUCUCAGGCUAAUAAUUUCAGUAAUAAUAAUAAUGAUACUAAUAAUAAAUAUUCUCAAAUGGAUGGUAAUAAUAAUAAUGGUCGUAAUAAUAGUGAUAGUAAUGAUAAUAAUGCCACUAAUAAUGCAGCCAUACUUUCCACAUCAUAG